AACAACAUUCGAAUCAGAACAACAACUGGUGGCCUGCGUUCGGAAUUGUAAUCCAAAAAAGCUUCUCAAUAACACUUUCUCUCUUAUCUCUUUUUUUUCCAUCCCAGAAAAGAGAGGACAACCAGACAGAUUCCAGACUCAGUCCUAAGAAGAGUGCAGAGCCCGCCAUCGACCUGUUAGGCCUUGAUGCACCCACAGCUAGCUCUGUCAGCAGUGGGGCAGGAACAGGCAGUGCAGUUCCAAUCAGUGAUGACUUGGACAUCUUUGGACCAAUGGUAUCCAACCCUCUGCCCUCAAACACCAACACAAACCAGGUCAGUUCCAGUAAGGCAGCUGGGAGUGUUCAAGCCAGCUCUGCCGGAGGGGCUGUGGCAGGUGCUACGGCCACUGGAAGUUCUGCUCCAGCACAGGGAGAUCUGGACCUGUUCAGCGAAACCAGCGGGAGCAGCAAAGCAGAGGAAUCGGCCAAGAAACCUCUCUCCAAGGACUCCAUUCUCUCCCUGUAUGGCUCCAGCACCGUCCCACAACAGCCUGCACAAGCGACUGCGAUGUUCAUGGGCCCGUCUCAGAUGCAGUUCCCUGCGCAGCCACAGGGGAACUUCCAGGCUUUCCCCGGGAUGGGAGGAGCCAUGCCGCCCACUACCAUGAUGGGGGCUGUCAUGGGCCAGGGUGGCGCGAUGAUGGGCCAGAAUACGGGCAUGAUGGUUGGCAUGACAAUGCCUAACGGUUUCAUGGGCAACGCACAGCCGGGGGUGAUGGGCUUGGCUCCAGGCAUGAUGGGACCUCAGGGCAUGGUGGCCCCUCAAAACAUGUAUGCCAUGCAGCCAGGUCAGCAAGGACAGUGGAAUGUGGCACAGAUUAACCAACAGAUGUCUGGAAUGAACCUGAAUGGUUCCGGUGCUCCAAUGCCAUUUGGGCCACCUGGUGCCCCUAUGGGCGGCUGGGUGGCACCCCCAUCUGGUCAGACCCUCAGCACCCAGCUCUGGAAGUAAAUGAAUGAGGGACGAUGGAGGACAAGGGGCACCGCAUCCCUCCAUCUCUCCUGUCCUCCUCCACCACUCGCACCCAGAGUUUUAUUCAUGUACUGUCAUUUUUUUCCCCCUUUCUCUUUCCAACUAUUACUACUCUGGAGAGCAUUGAUUCAACCUCCCCUCAGUGUAUUGAUCAAGUGAGCGAGAGUAUGGCGUGUAAGAGACUGGCAGCUUUGACCGUCUUAUUUGCAAUUUUUUUUCUUCUAUAUAUAUAUAUAUAU